GCUGCCCGCGUCAGUCCGUCGCGAGCCACCGCGUCGUAAACACUUAGGGCACGUAUUGUCUGUGCCCGGCAUUGCAUCGCAUCAUAGAACUAUCUUGUGAAAACACGCCCGUAUAAAAAAAACGUUUUGUGUAUUAAAGUGAACUGAGAACUCGUGCGUUAAUGACAGUGUUAGAAAAAAUAUAUCCCUCAACGUAAUCUCUUCUAAACAUCUACGUCGCGUAUUGACUGCUCGAGGAAUUUUACACGGUAGUCGUAAGAUGGACAGUUGGUGUGUGGUGGGACAGUGAAGUGGUAGUGUUGUGCGUGAGGGUCUGGACGUCUGUCUCUGUUGAUGAUGAUGUGAGCAAUGCCCUCGGACAGCGGAGCCGCGUGGGCGCCGCCCGCCUCGGGCGAGCGUCGGCUCAGCAACUCCUCAGAUGGCAGUGCCGGCAGCGGAUAUUCCAAAACUACGACAGACAGCGCGGAUUUCCUGGCGGUGCGUCCACACACAGCUUCAGUGCUGCCGGGCAAGCCCGCUGGCAACCCGCUGCAAUUCAUCAAGGUCGGGCCCGCUGACCUCGGCAGCCGUGCGCGGGAACAGCUGCGACGAGCGCAGGCCGCAAAGCGCGUUGAGCCUGCCGCGCUAGAGAGACAGGAGGACUGGCAGUCUAACCUGGACAACUGGAAGUCAUCGCGGCGGAAGCGUGUGGAGCACAUUAUUGAGCGGUGCGUGGAAGUACGCCGCAUGGAGUGCGAGCCCACCCAACCGCGCGCCAAGAGCAAGACGUUCAACGAGAUGCUGGAAGAACGAGCGGGUCGCAGAAGGAGAAAUCCUCUGGCACUGUACACGGACGACGACGGGCAUGACCUGAGCGACCUCGGCAUUGGCACUUCCAGUACCAAGAGCAGCCUCAGCGAAGACUGCGACACUCACAGUCUCGCCAGCGAUGGCAUGGACCUCGAUAAAAACCACUCGGACGUGGAUAAUAUGUCCAAUUGCGGAAACAAUCGCAAGCUCGGUUCGAGUGCCAACGAAUACGACACCUGUACGACCACCACGAUCAGCUCGCCCGAGCCCGAGGAGUACACGUACGAAGGCGCCAUCGAGGGCUACAAAUCCAGAAUCAUUUCACAGACAAACAGCAGUAUGGUUAAGACGGUAGUCAAUAAUAAUUGUAAAGAAAAAUCGCCAGAAAAAUCUAACGCAGACUACAAUAGAAUCAGAACGUCUGUUAAUAAUAAAAUUGAAGAAAAGCUCUCGUCCUUAAAACAGGAACGAAUCAAUGACAUGAAAAAUAAUAACAAGAAAGAUUUGCCAAAAGUGGACAUCCAUAAACGCAGAGAGCAAUUCGAAAGAGAAAAUUCUCAAGAACUGCAAUUGAAUAAACCAAAAUUACCUGAAAUAACUAAUAAAAAAUCUAUCAAAGAUAGGUUAUCAAGCUUAGAGAAGUUCACAGAAGAAAUACAUAUACAAAAAUCGACUAGUGACCUUACUAAGUUGCCUUCUGAAGUUAAACCGUUGAAAGAACGGUUAUCGUCUUUAGAAAAAAUAAAAACAUCGGAACCAGAGAAAUUCAAAAGAUUAUCUAAUGGAGAGUUGAAUACAACAAAGUCUCUGAAAGAACGCUUGAAUAGUCUGAAGUCUCAAGUUUCAGAAGAGGAAAUGAGAGUAGCAAAAACUGACGUUAAACAAGUUUCAAUGAGUUUAAAGGAACGGCUGUCGUGCCUCGAUGCUGCCAAAAAUAAGGAAAUUCCGAAAAUAUCGGUCGAAGAGGAGAUAGUCAAUAAUGAAAAUAGUGGGAUUAAAACUUGUGAUAAUUUUAAAGAAAAAUCUCCCGAGUCGUCUUUAACGUGUAAUUUGUCCGGAAUAGAAAAUCAAAUGCAGAGUUUCUGUAGAUCUCUAGACAGUUUAGAUAUAAACGGUCAGUCUUCGCCUAAUUCAUUCGAAAGAGUGCAGAGUCUCGAGGACUUUGACAGUGUCGAAAUGCAAAACAACACUGUCCCUAGUGACAUCGAGACGGAAGACAGUGGGAUACACACCGCCAGGGAUUCCUGCGCACCGCCGGACGACAUCGCUGAUCUAACUCAAGUAGCUUCUCCUAUCGGAGAACCUAUGGCCGAGGUGUCCGAAUACGAAUCUUCCAAUGAAGAUAACAUGAUCGGCUUAGAAUCGACUAAAAUUGAAGAAAAUCACCUUGAAAGUAACAAAAUGUCCGAUCCAAUAGUAGAAAGCGAUGUUAGGGUAGAACAAGCGAAAGAACAAGAUAUAACUGAGAGUACUGACAGUGGAAGCAACUACAUUCAAGCGCUGUCUCAACCUGAAGAAUUAAGUGUCACCGAAGAUAUCACAGAAAUUCAACUGGACAAAGAAGAUGAGGACACAUUGAAGAGUUUAGAGAAUCAAGACUCAAGUGUAAGUUUAAAUGAUCCCGUGUCGACUACAUCGGAAGGCGAUACCGUAGUAUUUCAGGGAAAAAUGACUAUACAUUUAAAUUUGGAUGAAAUAUGCAACGGUCUAAACUCUGGUCAAGGGAACAAUCUUAAUAAUAAUGAAACUAACCUCACUAACAAUUCUAACAGCAAAAGCAUGCCAAUGGUAAUCGAUGCUUUAGAAUUAGCUUUUAAAGAGCUUGAUUCAGAAGACAGUGCAGCAAUUGACAGCAAAAUGGAGGACGAAAUAAAAACAGAAGAAAACAAAGUCGAAGUAAAAACUGAUAAGGUUUUGCUUGACUUUGAUAUAGAAAACAAAGUGUCAGUGACGCCUUUGUAUGAGAACAUCGAUAUAUUCUACCAAAAUACAGUAGACGCUUCGAAUGCUUUCCCAUUAGACUUACCCACUAAUGUUCUGGAGCCUCCUAAAGAGAAACCUCCUCCACCCCCCACAGAGGAUGCCGCAGAAGACGAACUUCUUGGAAAUGGUAAUUUCAAACACACAAGUUCAGCUCGUCGUAUCAAGAAAGAGAUCCGUAACAAGCGAACAUCUUUCCUCGGUAUUGAAGGUCAAGUAGACGAUAGUUACUUAGACGCUGAUCUGACAUUAGCACCACGUCCUGACAUCACUUCCUUCUUGCAAGAGGAGACUAAAAUCGAAAAGUUGUUAUACAAGAAGACACUGUCACAUGAUAUGGAUGCUAAAUUGAGAGACAGCAGGGAUUCAGGCGUUGAUAUAGAUAGAGGACCUUCAGCUGAAGCAUGGUAUAAGGGACAAUCUUCUCCUGAGACCUCUAAUCCACAUAGCAGACAAAAUAGUGAGCCGUAUACCCAUGUUACUGUAACAUCAGACGAGGAAGAGACUGCAAAGAAAUCAGAAAUCUUCACAGAAGAUCUAACAACUAAACUCACCUCACUGACCACAGAUAAUGAAACAAAAAUCGAAAGCUUGGAUAAAAAAUUACAACAACAACAGGCGGCCGGCACUAACGAGGACUGGCCUGACGGGCAUUUUGACGAUGCUCAUACCAAGGAAGUGCUGCGAUUCGAAAGAGAACUACUGCAAUUGGAGCAAGAAGAAUUAAGAAGACAAAGAGAGAAUCUACUUAGAGAUCAGAAUAGAAUAAUCCAGAAAUCAGUACAAGAUAUAUCUAGUGUCACGCAAACAACAGAAAAGACACCUAUCGGUAGAAUAAAGAAACCAAACCAAAACUACAGGCAUUCAAUGCCAAAUUUAUUAAUAAACGAGAACUACACUCGUGCACCGGAGUUAUCAAAGGUUCCAGAAAGAUCUGUCUACGAUGAGAAUAUGAAACGCAAACCGUUCGUAUCAGAGGAACAUAUUCAGAGUCAUUUCGGUGUGGAAGAGAGUAGGAAAGUGUUGUAUGAGGACAAGGCCAAGUUUCCCGAGAGAAGGGCGGCGGUCAGCGCCCCGCGGCAGCCCGUUCUGCCUCCCAAACCGAGGAGCAGGGAGUCCAUUGAAAGGGAAAUCACAAUGAGGAGUAGCCGUGUACCUUCAGCUGUGGAGUACGCCAACGUACAAAUGCGUCACAAGCCGACACCCAACGGCAAUGUAAACGGCAACAGCAAUGGACAGUACUAUCCUAUGACCAGGCAUACUUUGCAGGCGUUGAGCGCUGCACCGACGCCCAAGCUAAUCUCCAACACGGAUUGGCUGCAGGCGCGCAGCAGACACCCCGCCAACUACAACUACCACCAGCACUGGCUCAUACAGGAGGCAGAACAUCGUCGGAUAGAGGAACAUAAGAACAAAAUGCGCGCCAAUCAGCGCCACUCCUACCACGACGGUCAUAGCGUGCCCCACGUGCCCCACAGUGUACCUCACGUGCCCCACACAGUGCCCCACAGUCAGCCAAUCUUGCCCCAAACUCCACCCUACAACAUGCCUCCGAGCAAGCCACAUGCACAUCACAACGGCCCACAAAAUGGAACACACAAUCUAGCCAGUCAAACUCCGCGCCAUUUGCAAACAACUACAGCCAGCCAACAACAGUUGCCGCACGAGUACAGGGGAGUGCGGGAGGCGAGGGAGGGCAGAGAGGGGCGCGAGGGGAGGGACGACAAGCACGUCCUCAGUGUUAGUGGCAAGAGAAAGUGCUCCCACUGCGGAGAGGAACUCGGUCGCGGCGCGGCGAUGAUAAUCGAGUCUCUAUCGCUGUGUUACCACGUGUGGUGUUUCUCGUGCGCGGUGUGCGGCGCGCGUCUCGGCGACGGCAGGAACGGCGCUGACGUGCGCGUGCGCGCCGGCCGUCUGCACUGCCACCACUGCUACUCUGCUGACGACGGCUCCAAGUACUCCUGCGUCUGACUCCUGCAUAAUACUGCUCAGACUACACCUAAUGGCACUGCACCACCAUCUUCCUGCCACCGGCUGAAGCGUAUUAGAAAAAGUCAAAGAGCUCGGCCCUUCGACUUUUAGAGUGGGAAUCAAAAUUCAUGCAGGAAUCAUGUAAAAGUGAAGUCUCAAAUUUGGAAAAUGAUUCGGGGAAUAGGAAUCGAUUUUUGGCAAAGUUUCAUACAACAUCGAUUGAUUUCAAAUUUCUCGACUACCCUCAUCUUUGCGAAUAAUGUCCGACUCAUAACAUUAUGUAGAUUUAUUCAAUAUUAAAUAAUAUAUUGUUAAUAAUCAGUUAACGUCGUGUAUCGUGAUCUACUAACAUUUUGUUCAAACUACCCCACGUGUUGUUUAUUUUUAUAUCCACGAAGACUAAACUACGGUAGUUUUAAAUAAAAAUAUUUUUAAUACUUAAUUAACAAUAUUAAAUGUGAUUUGUAAUAUUGAUUUUAAAUGUUAAGUUUAGUUGUCGGAUAUUAUGUAAAACGAUAAAUAAAUAUUUGUUAAAUAAUUCCACCAUAUUACAUUAUGUGUUCAGUUUUUAUCUAAAUAACAAUAUUAUAUACAUAAUUGAACCAUAUUCAAACAUAUAUUGAAAAGUUAUUUUUUUUAUAAAUGAAUACUAAGAUUUUAUAGAAUCUUAAUCAGCUUUAUUUUUGAGAGAAUCAAUAAAACCUAUUUUAAUGGCAAAGGGAACAUUUUUAUAUUCCGUCUAUUCCGAGCUAGAUGAAUAACUUUGAAGUUGUAACCCUCGAUGACGUCAUCGGCGUGACGUCAGCACUCUCGCACCAAAACGUCAGUGUGACUCAGCGAGCCCUGAGUCCACCAAUGCACGCUUUUGUACCACACACCGUCACUAUACCUCUAAUACACAUCUACUCGAAAAAUUGAGUUCCGUGAAACUCGACGAGUAUCAUAAAACUCACGAAUAUAAUACAACUCACGAGUAUUACGUGGAGUUUACGAUUUCCACGAAAUUUUGAUUAGAGUUUCGUCAAAAAUAUAAGAAUUGAUUAGUAUUUUUUUAUAAUAAAUCUUUUUUUUUUUGUUAAAAUAGCACUGAAAUAAUCACUUUAUUUUUAAUACAUUUUUUUUCUUAAAAUUUAGGUCGCUCUGAUUUUAUAGCCCUGUUUUUUUCUAAGUUACACUUUUCGUUCGUUAACAGUAAUGCAGUUCGAAUCUCGAACGAUUUCGUGUGACUUAUAAUUGUUCAUACAUUCUCAUACAUAACACAUCGAUCGUGCCAUGCAGUAGUUCCCUUGAAAAUUUUACUUAAACAAUUUAAAGUAUAAUUUUAACUUCGGUGAUUAACAAUAUUAUAAAUCGAGAUAAGAUAAGGUGUUUUGUAUAAUUUUUGUAAAUAAAAUAAUUUAUAUGUUAUUAGUGUGUGUUAUUAUAAGCUUUAAUAGUAUACGUUAGUUAAAACGGAACAUUAAUCCAAAUAUCGUUUGUCGUUUAAUAUUUUUGUAUGACGCGCCCCCCGCGCUCCCCGCGCCCCCCGCGCCUCCAGCGGUUCCCGCGUCUUCUGUAAUUAAUUUUGAACUUGUACAUUAUCUAUGGCAGAUCCAAACUGUAUAACAAUAAAUAAAUAUUAAAUAA